AUGAAAACAGUCCAUGUGCUUUUAUAUAUUCCAAACCUAAUCGGUUAUUUUCGUAUAUGUCUUCUUGUUCUUGCUUGGUAUUAUAUUGACAAGCCAUUUAUUUUCUUACCAUUAUAUACAGCUCAAGCUCUACUUGAUGCUGUUGAUGGCUGGAGUGCUCGACAAUUCAAUCAAGUAUCGAAAUUUGGUUCUUGGUUAGAUGUUAUCAUUGAUAAUAUUGGACGAGGAAUUAUAUGGACAAGAGUCUCAUCGAUCGGAAUUUUUAUUUCAUCUAUUGAAUGGAUUACAUUUUUAGCAUUAAACAAUUGUGGAUCUGAUUGGAAAUCAAAAUUAUCGUCUAAUAACGAUCUGAUAGUUCGAAAUGUUAUGAAAAAUGGUAAAUAUUUUUUUAUUAUUACUAUUAUUGAAUUUUUAAUAUCUAUUUUUAUAUGA